AUGUCGCGAACCCUCGUCGUCGACGUCGGCGCAUGGUCUCUCAAAGCUGGAUACUCCUCAGACAACAGCAAUGCCGACUGUCACGUCGCUCCCAACUGCCUGGCCAAAUCGCGCGACAACAAGACAUAUGUGGGCUCCCAACUAUCGCAAUGCACCGACUACGGUGACAUGACCUUUCGCCGUCCCGUCCAAAAGGGUUAUAUCGUCAACUGGCCUGCUCAAGUCGCCGUCUUGGACAACGAACUCGACCACCUGCAAUGCGACACGACAGACACCAAUCUCAUCAUCACCGAGCAACCAAAUGCACCCUUGCAACUCACCCAGAACCUGCACCAGAUGCUGUUCGAACACUUCGAUUUCGCCGCCGUCUACCGCUCCACUGGUUCCUCUUUGAAUGCCUACAACGACACUCGCUCUCUGUUCGGCGAUCCAGCUGCCACAGACCCCUCAGCCAUCAACCCAGCCGAUGCCCUCCUCGUCGUCGACAGCGGACACAGCCACACCACCAUCACCCCUCUGAUCCACGGCCGCCCCAUCCACCCCGCCGUCCGCCGUCUCGACAUCGGCGGCAAACACCUGAACAACUAUCUCGCCGAACUAAUCUCCUUGCGUCAUUUCUCCCUCAUCGACGAACCACACAUUGUCUCUCAGAUAAAGGAAGACGCCUGUUACCUAUCCACAAACUUCUCGUCAGAUCUGGAAGCAGCAAAGGAUAAAGAUCCGAGUAUUGUUGUCGACUACGUACUUCCAGACUAUGAACGCUAUAAUCGUGGUUUCAUUCGCCCUCACGAUGCAUCUCAUAAAGCAAAAUUGGAGCGUUUGGGCGUACGACAAGCAGAUGAUGCCAUGAAUGCUCGCGAAGAAGUCUUUCCACUGGCAAAUGAACGUUUUGUGGUUCCCGAAAUGCUGUUUACGCCUUCGGAUAUCGCUAUGCCGCAAUCUGGAAUAGCAGACACUAUACUGCAAAGUCUACAAUGUUUGCCUGAAUUGCUGUGGCAGCCUAUGCUGGCCAACAUCCUGUUGGUGGGUGGCAACACUUUGAUACCCAAUUUUGUCGAAAGAGUGGAAACAGGAGUAAGGAUGUUGGCGCCCGAGGAAAUGAUUGUCCGGGUAAGGAGAGCUAAAGACCCCAUAACCUCAACAUGGCAAGGAGGCUGUCGAAUGGCAACCGACAAAGACCUUCUCAAGAACGUUCUAAUCUCUAGACAAGAAUACCAAGAACACGGUCCCAAUUGGGUGUUACGACAAUUCGCCACCAGACGACCUACCAAUGCUAAAGAAUAG